AUUAAAUCAUAUAGAAUAAGAAAAUAGAAGGAUACUGUGUACUUAGUAUUAAGGCGGAGGACACGUUUUUUUACACAAUGGAUCAUAGCUAUAUGUUGGAAUUGAAUACACCAACCGAACCGUCGGUGGAGAAAUUGGUGGACGAUCAAAAAGCGUCAACGAUAUUGGAUUUAUCGAAAAAAGGCUUGAAAAAAGUGCCUAAAACGGAAGAUGCAGAACAUGUGAGAGAGCUCAUUCUGGACGAAAAUUUAUUGCAAAAAAUCGAUAAUGUCGAUUCUUUCCUAAAAAUUGAAAAGAUUUCACUAUGCAAGAACAAUUUGCUGCGAAUGUAUGGAUUGAAUCGGUUGCAUCUUCUUCAAGAGAUGAAUUUAUCGAACAACAGUAUUGUCACAAUUGAAGGACUCAAAGAAUUGGUACAUUUGCGAUAUUUAAAUUUGCAGGGCAACAAUAUCAAAUGCGUUGAGCAUUUAAACGCAAACAUUCUAUUAGAGUAUCUAAAUUUGGCUGAAAACAGCAUUGGCAGCAUAUCGGACAUCUCGCCGCUGAAAAAUUUAAAGGAAUUGUACUUGCAUGGGAAUCGAUUAACUCAUUUACGACAAUGUGAUCGCUAUCUACCUGUAUCGAUACAAACACUAACACUGGACCACAAUAAUAUUUCGGAUUUAAAUGAAAUUUGUACGCUAAGCGGCUUAACGUCACUCAACAGCAUUUCCAUCCAAGAAAAUCCAUGUGUUCAAAUGACGAAUUCAGUUUUCAUUUAUAAGAAUACUGGCUUCGACUAUCGACCAUUUGUGCUGAAUUGGUGCAUGACUGUCAAAGUAAUCGAUGGAUUUGCUGUUAAUCCAAUUGAAAGUCUUAAAGCUGAAUGGUUAUAUAGCCAAGGACGUGGUCGACAAUUUCGUAUCGGUGAACAAGUUGAUUUAGCAAAGUACUUGAGUUCCGUGUGUCCGCUUACCGGUGAGGCGCUCGAAAACGAAGAAGACCGCAAAUUGAGACUCAUUUUAAGUAAAGCACAACAACAUCAACGACAACUUAAAGAAGAGAUUUCGGAACACUCAAAUUCAUCGGCCAAUAACUCGCCAUCAACGAAUCGACGUCGUGGCACAUCGAAUCGAAUACAAUCACCAAGAGUUUCACGCUUGGGUCGAGCCAAUUCCGGUUCACCAGACUCAAUGUCCAGCAGCUAUCACGGAAAUACAUCGUCAUCGAUGAACAAUGACACAAACACAUUGAUCCAAAUGUCAUCGUCUUUAAUUGAGAAUGUAAAUGCCGAAAAAGGUAACAUAAUGGUCCAAAGUCUAGAUCCAACCAUUUUGAGUUCGCCACCGAUAAAACUAACGUCAGAGUCAAAUAAUGUUCGUUCAAUAAUACCGCAAAUCAAUGACUAUCAAACACGCCAAUGUCCAUUGGUUGCUACAUCAAAAAUCGUGCCAGUGCCAGAGACACUGAUGAGUCCUGAUUGCCCUCCAUCCAAUGUUGUUCAUGCAAGCGUUAUUCAUUCGACACCAACUCAACCCAAAUCCGAAAUAUCCUUGCCAAAUCAAAAGGUUACCGCAAUUAAAUCCACUAAAGAGUCAAAACUAAUGUCACCAAAAAGUCGUACAUCGUUGACUAAAAAGCAGGAAAAAUCGCCCGUUUUAAAUGUACGCAAAAAUAACUCAAUUAAUACGGCACUAAAGGCAAACCAAACAACUAACCAAAUACACAAUGAAACACUUCAACAAAAGAAAACGUUGGCACAGAAAACACAAUCGCCACCACCACCCGCACAAGCUCCAGCAUCAAAGCAACCGGCCAGUUAUACAGUAACACCUGACAACAUGAGCAAUGUCAGUUCAGAUGAUGACAGCGACCAUUUUAGCGCCGACAAACUCAAAACCAUAAGAAAUAAAGCAGCACAAAGAUCUCAGGAACAUAGUCAAUCAAAAGAUAAUACCGAUGCAAGUUCAUCUAAACCAAAGCUUAUUAAUCAAAAUUCAACUGAAGAGUCGGCUAUUGUGAUUCAGAAGGUAUGGCGCGGUUAUAAUACACGCAAGAUAAACAAGCACAUUGCUGAGAGUCUACAGAAGAAUAGAACUCAACAGCAUAUUGAAAAAUUGUCACAUGAUAUGGAAACAACGAAAGUUGCACUGGAAAAUGAACGAAAAAUUCAACAGCUUCAGAUGCAGGCAAUAAAUGCCUUGUGGAAGAAAGUGUCAACACUGCAGCCAGCAGCAAGUGCAAUUGAUUCGUCCGCAACGAGUGCAAAUUCAAGCGGUUUGGAACCCAAUUCAACUGCUGUGGUACAAGAUUUGGCGAAAACAUGCUCGGUUUUGACUAAUCAGGUGCAACAGUUGCAAGGAUCAAUGCGUGAUAUAAUCCAGUGCAUGAGUGUGUUAUGCAAAAUACCGAGUCAAAAAAAUGAGUCCGGCAUGGAGGAGAAAAAACCCGAAGUAAAAGAUAGUUCAAGUACACAAACUGAAAUUGUCGCCGUUCAUACUCCGCAAGUCGAGAAUUUACCAUUUCCAUUUGCUAGUAAAUUGCCACGACCAUCAACACUAUCGCUGACCGAUUCGAAUGGCUCUAGCACAUCGAUUCGCAAAAUAUCGGAACGUGACGGCGAAGAAACUACAGACAGUGAGAAGAAAUUAGAUACAGUCGAGUCAACGAGCACCGAUAACAAAGAUGAAACACCCGAAAUAUCAGCCAAAAGUGAUGGUGAUGAAAAACAAUCGAAACUAAAUGAUUAAAUAAUUUGAUAAAAAUGAACUUUUAAUCGCAUAGCGAAUUUAAACAUAAAUUAAUUUAAGAAUAUGUUUCGUGAUUUUAAUUCGACGAACUAUUAACAUUAAACGUACUCCAGCUCUCCUGUACAAAACAAAUGAUAAUUUUGCCGUUUGAAAGAUCUAUCUACUACGAUUGUUAGAUAAAACAAAUCCAUAACAAUUGCAUGUGAAAAUGGCAAUUUGGUCGCUUCAGAAAAAAUCUCUUGAUACCAAAAGAAAGUCAUUCAUCCCUCCGGUAUUGAUGUACAUCAAAUUAGGCAUUAUUUUAUGAUUAUAUAUGGCGACAUUUCAAGCAACAAAUAAGCUUUCGACUAAAACAACUUUAAAAACUGUUACGAACAUUUUUUGUGUGUUAGCUUCAAGUGUGAGCAUAUUAAGCCAAAGCAUUGAGAAAAAAUUUUUACAAAACAACAAAAAAAAAAUUGUUAUUGCCUCAGCACGAUCUAGUUAAGUCCAAUCUGCAUAAGUGGAAAGCAACACACGUUUGCUGCAUUCAGUUGUUACAAUGAAGAAAAACAAACAUUUUUAUAGCGCACGCUUUGAUGGUGACUUAUAUUCAUUUUUUUAAGCAAAAUCGACAAACAUAUUUUAUAAUGAUGAUUUUUUUAAAAUGCAAAACAACCAUUUCAUACAAAAUAUUGCGUUUAAUUCAAAUUGAUUUUGUUUUAAAUGAUCCGAUUUAAAAAAAAAUUGUAAAAUCCUAGAUUAAAUAGACCUAGAUUAAUUUUGUUCGCUUUUUAUUUGCAAGCAAUUCAUUUUUAGAUAAAACAAUAAUGUUCAUAAUUAUUGAUUUUGCGACCAGUAUUCAAAAUUAGCAUUUUAGUUAUUCAAUUGAAUACUUUCCAUUUGUUUAAUUGUGAUUAUUGAUUAGACAAACGAUCGAAAACCAAAUUACAGAAUGAAACAUAGAAUCUAAUAUGCAAAGCGCUUUCAUUAAGAAAAAAAAACAUUCACAUUAUCUCAUAGAAUUCUAACACACUAGACGAUAUCGUUGAUAUUACAUAGCUUUUGAUUUAGAUGUGAUUUAACACUGGUUCGAUUUUUGGGAGAAAACAAAAUUCACAAAUCAACCAAGCCAAGAGGUAUUCAUUGUUCUUUUGAUGACAUUGACGUAGAAGGUGUCAGUAUUAUCGUUUAGCUCUAGUUUAAAAGAUAUGUAGCGGCAACUUUUCGAUGACAAUUUCUCUUUUUUUUGAACACACCUAUGCUCAAUCUAAUCACCCUGCUGCUGAUAGCCAUUACAUCUGAAUUGGUGAACUGUGGUACACUAUCAAUGACUGAUCAGCAGCAGUAAGCAUUUAGUUCGUGCAUUGGUCCUUUUAAAAGGUCAAAUAAAUUAUCAUGUAGUCUUCUGUGGCUCUAUUUUGCUAAAUAUUGCCAGAUAUCUCUACUCAAUAUCCCUGUACGAAUUACAGUACAUUAUUAAGGGUGAGGUUUUUUCACAGCAUUUUUGCCGGUAUUAUCUGAAAACUAGAGCUGAAAUUGUUUCAAACCCUUUUAGAAUCAGAAGUUCAGAAUGACCUGGUGGUUUGUUUGUGUAAAAGAAUGACUAUAUGAUGUUCUUCACUGUCACAGUGUGAAACAAUUUGGUCAUUUUUUGUAUUAAACCAGUAUUUUCAGAUAUACUUUCAUUUGAUUUUUUAUUUUGUUUCAUUUUAAAAAGGCAAUAAUUUUAUUUCAAUUUA